GACCUACAAUCUGCUAUUAGCGGUUUUAUAAUUAGCAACUAUCGAUAUCUAAAGUACCAAUGGGUACAAAAUCUCCAACGAUAAAGUAACAAAAAAAAAAAGUGAUGUGCCUGAGGAAGAUCAACAGUUUAUCGAAAACAUCGCAGAUGUGAGAGCUCAACGUGUGUAGAAGGAGAACUGAGGAGAACGUUUCAAAAAAGAAACCUUAUAUUUUUAUUCACAUUCAGUGAGACAUUUGUCGCAUUCGUAGCGUUCAGCGAUAUCGCUUUGUGUCACAGUAACAGAAACAUGUCCAAUAAAUUCGAGACUUCUUACAGAUUAAAGAAUACUGAGGACAGUGGAGACGAGGAGUCUCAAUUAAAGGAUAAUCAAAAAGUCGAAAAAGGUCCACUACCUCCAAUAGAAAUAAAUCCAAAUGAGCAUAAACUACAGUAUGCUUAUGCACUUUGGUAUAGUCGACGUAGCCCUGGGAAACAAACUAGCAUACAAAGUUAUGACCAGAAUUUAAAGCUGGUUGGUAGGUUUGCAAGUGUGGAACAGUUUUGGGGUCUUUAUAGUCAUUUACUACGACCAUCAGAACUUACAACACAUACAGAUUUUCAUCUUUUCAAAGUCGGUAUAAAACCGAUGUGGGAAGAUGAAGCAAAUCAAAAGGGUGGUAAAUGGAUAGUAAGAUUACGAAAAGGUUUAGUAUCUAGAUGUUGGGAAAAUCUUAUAUUGGCAAUGUUAGGAGAGCAAUUUAUGGUAGGAGAAGAAAUAUGCGGUGCUGUUGUAUCUAUAAGAUUCCAGGAGGACAUAAUAUGCGUAUGGAAUAAAACAGCAUCGGAUGUAGCAACAACAGCGCGGAUUAGAGAUACAUUAAGAAGAGUAUUACAUCUUCCAGCUAGUGCCUCUAUGGAGUACAAAACCCAUAAUGAGAGUUUGAAGAAUGUACAUCGGCUUUAAAGAACUGUAUAAUUGUGUAAAACACAACACAAGUUACAAGUCUUCUAACACACGUACAGCCGAUUUAUACCUCUCCAGGAGACCGCAAAUUUGUUUAACAAAAAAAAGAAGGUUUAAGAACACACAUUUGACGAUACACUUUAUUCACAAGUGUCUGUGUUGUAAUUAACUUAUGUAAAUAAUAAAUACACAUUGAUAAUAAAUAAAUACCCUUAUUUGCAAGAUA